UACCUGAGAGAAAGAAGCACAGACAAGUAUCUAAGGUAGUUCUUUCCCUAGGCAUAGUAGGUGGUACUCUUGGAGGAGUAGCACUUGUUUUGCUAAUUUUCUUUAUUGUUAGAAGAGGAAAUGCUAGAAUCAAAAUGAAGAACCCGCCAACAAGAUUAAUAUCAGAAAAUGCUGCUUCUGGUUACACUUCUAAGUUGCUUUCUGAUGCAAGGUAUAUAUCUCAAACAAAGAAGUUGGGAGCAGUUGGCCUGCCAAGUUAUCGAAGUUUCUCAUUGGAAGAGAUUGAGGCAGCUACAAACUACUUUGACACAGCUUCUUUAAUGGGUGAAGAUUCUUAUGGGAAGAUGUACAGAGGUCAGCUGAAGAAUGGUUCGGUUGUUGCUAUUCGAUGUGUAGAAAUGACAAAGAAAUACAGCACUCAAAACUUUGUGAACCACAUAGAGCUGAUAUCAAAACUCAGGCAUCGUCAUUUAGUCAGCGCUAUUGGACACUGCUUUGAAUGUUCUCUGGAUGAUUCGAGUGUCAACAAAGUAUUUCUUGUCUUUGAAUAUGUACCAAAUGGCACGCUCAGGGAUUGGAUCUGUGAUGAAAAUGUUAGAAAAUGCUUGAGUUGGACCCAACGCAUUGGAGCUGCAAUUGGAGUGGCAAAGGGAAUCCAGUUUUUGCAUACAGGGAUAGUCCCUGGUGUAUAUUCCAACGAUCUCAAGAUAGAAGAUGUUUUGAUGGAUCAGAAUCUUGUUGCGAAAAUCAGCAGUUAUCAUCUGCCUUUGUUAUCUAACAUGGGGAAGGUUCGACAUGGAAAUUCUUCAAGUGGAUUGAAACACUCUAGCAACAAUAAAAGUGUAAAGCAUGAAGAUAAGUCUGAUAUAUACGACCUUGGAGUGAUACUACUCGAACUCAUUCUAGGAAGGCAAAUAAAGACAGCAAAUGAUGCAGACGCUUUUAGAGAUCUGUUGCAAGCAAGCUUAGGAGCAGACGAAGAGGGUAGGAGGAGUGUGGUUGAUACAGCAAUUCGCAAGGCAUGCUUGGAUCAAUCAUUGAAGACAAUGAUGGAGAUAUGUGUGAGGUGUAUGGUUAAAGAGCCAGAAGAUAGGCCCUCUAUAGAGGAUGUUCUGUGGAACUUGCAGUUUGCAUCUCAAGUGCAGGAUGCAUGGAGAGGGGAUUCACAAAGUAGUGAAGGGUCACCAGGCUCAGAAUCUCGAGGACUUUCCUUUCAGUAGAUUCAAUCCACAGGUUUUUCACUUUUUACUGUUUUGUAUAUUUCACUAUAAGCCUAAAAGGUUCAUGGUUGCAGAUACUGCAACAUCAGAAUAGUAUUAUAAGGUCUUAUGUUCUAACUCCUUUGCCCCAAAAUCUGAGUAUAGCUUCUAAUGAAAAACUAUGGUAUAUCAAAGCUUGCACUAUUGUAAUUUUUAAGGUUUUUUUUAUUUU